CGGAGCUGUGUUUCCGCCUCCAGGCCACGCGGGGCGCUGUAGCUCGCGUGAGCGCGGCAUCAAGGUGGGAUAGCGAAGCAGGAAGUUCGUUGGAGUUUGGCUGAAAACAGUUUCUUCUGACAGAUUCUCGUGUUUUUUGUUUCCUCGUGGCUCCGGUCUCCAUGGAGGAGGCGCUGGUUCGAGCCCCGCUACCCCGGGAGCUGUUGAAGGUCCUGGGGGUGGAGGUCAGGAGGCGUCUGCAGGAUCUUCUGAGCGGAGACGUCUCUUCUGGAAUAACUUCCUCUCCUCUCCAGCCUCAGAGCGGCUCCAAGGCGGCAGCGUUCACGGAGGCCUUUCUGGGCAGCAGCCUCCAGCGGCCCGGCAACCACGACCUGAAGAACCUGCUGACCCACAAGGCCGUGAUCCUGGGCUACGCCAGGCCCAAGAAGCAGAAGACCAAGAGGAGCAGCAAGAGAGCCAAAGGGCUCACCGCGCAGCAGAAGAAGGCCCUGAAGGUCUUCCAGAUCAGACCAGAACACCAGAGGUACGAGCUCUUCCUGCCUCUGCAUGACCUCUGGAGGCGGUACGUCCUGGACCUGUGCGCCGGACUCAAACCAACAUGCAGUCCUCAGUUUGUGCAGCAGAAGCUGCUGAAGGCGGACCUCCACGGCGCCAUCAUCACAGUGGUCCGGUCCAAAUGCCCGUCGUAUGUGGGGCAGUCGGGGAUCCUGCUGCAGGAGUUCAAGCACGUCUUCAAGAUCAUCACCAGAGAGGACCGCCUGAAAGUGAUCCCUAAGAGGAACAGCGUGUUUUCUGUGGAGGUCAACGGCUUCGUCUCGCACAUCUAUGGCAGCAGGUUUGAGCAGCGAGCCAGCGAGCGCUCUGCCAAGAAGUUCAAAGUUCACGGCAGCAUCGACCUGUGACAGAGGCUCCUCCCACUGGACGUCAGAGGAACUGCAGCCGCAGAGCGAGCUGUGAUGGGCUUUUAUUUUGAAGGGUUGUUGAGCAGUCUUGAUGAUCUUUUGGUCUCAGACUGAAGAUGCAGCUUCUGGGUUAGAAAGGACACCCACCUGUGACGACACCCACCUGUGACGACACCCACCCGUGACGACACCCACCUGCGACGACACCCACCUGUGACGACACCUGUGACGACACCUGUGACGACACCUGUGACGACACCCACCUGUGAGGACCAAGACGAGCUCCGCCUAGCAGAGCGUGCACGUUUUACAGUGUGUGCACGUUUUACUCUUGUUGGCGUUUUUGUUCAAUGACUUUAAAUGUGCAGACAAAAAUAAAGCUCACAUCUGUUUAUUUGA